CGCGCACCCCCGCCGUUUCCGACCGCCCUCCGCCCCGCUCCCCCCAGCGCCAGCAUGUCGGAGAAACGCGUCGAGGAGGCGCCGGCGGAGCUGAGCGCCAAGGAGAUGAAGGAGAAGAAGGAGAAGGCGGAGGAGAAGGCGGCCCACAAAGACAAGAAGAAGGAGGCGGUGGAGGAUGAGGAAAACGGAGCUGAAGAGGAUGAGGAAGAGAAUCCUGAGGAUGUGGAUGAAGAGGAAGGUGGCGAUGAGGAUGACGAAGGAGACGAGAACGGGCAAGAGCAGGAUGGGCAUGCAGAAAAACGAUCUGCAGAAGAGGAAGAGGAUGAAGUGGAUCCAAAGAGACAGAAGACAGAGAACGGGUCUUCAGCUUGAGUCCUUCCCCUUCCAUCUCCUCUGUUCCGUCCAUCUCUCCUCCUCCAUUCCAGCCUGUGCUUGCACUGUCCAUUAGCCUCUGGCUUUCACACAAUCUCAGAUGAGGAAAGGUUAGAAAUGCUCUCAAACAGGGAAGACAGCAGUUUCCUUCCCACCCGAAGAUCCAUCCCAUCUAUGACAUUCCCCACUUGGAAUUAUUCCAAUCCCCCAC